AUGAAUGGAAAAAAUAUCGAUAGUAAUGAAGGGCUCGAUGAACUGCCCUCGCGGGCAAAUUCAGUGGCUGCAGUGGGCAUAAGUGCAAGUAAGAAAAGCAAAUAUGUUCUCAGUUGGGCACUGGAAAAAUUUGUUCCUGAAGGUUACGUAUAUUUCAAGCUGGUGCACGUCCAUCCAGUGAUUUCGAGGAUUCCAACUCCUAUGGGAAACUACAUUCCGAUUUCUCAAGUUCGGGAGGACAUAGCAUCUGCUUUCAAAAAGGAGAUGGAGUCUCAAAUAACUGAAAAGCUUCUUCCUUACAAAAAAAUGUGUAGUCAAAGAAAGGUGAAAAAAUGUAUGUGGCUGGAAAUAUUCUUUGCUUUCAUUAUGAAGGCGUGCUUACUUGUUUUCAUUUUGCAGGUGCAAGUGGAAAUCGUACAAAUAGAGUCAGAUGAUGUGGGGACUGCAAUAUCUGGCUAUAUUCAAAAGCAUAAAAUCAAUAAACUUGUUAUUGGUACUUCGUCUCGCAGUAUGUUCUCAAGGGCACAAAUGUUGUCUUCAAAAAUAUCAGAAUGCUGCCCAGCCUUUUGUAGUGUGUACGCUGUUUCUAAAGGAAAAUUAUCAUCAAUGAAGCCAUCAGAUUCCGAAACAAACAGAGGCUUUGAAGACGACAGUAGUGAAACAAGUUGUUCCUCUGAUAAUUCUUCAAGCCUUACUCUCAGCUCGCAAGCAGGUACCUUUCUGAGAUUUUUGUGCAAUUUCAAAAUGUUAUCGAUAGAGCAAAUCUUUCGCCAGGAGAAGUCAUCUUUUCUUUUGCUUUUUACGACUUUGUCAGAAUGGACGGUUAAAGAUUCGUUCUCCAAGUUGCGUUCUGCUUCACUGCCAGAACAGCGUUUUCAAGCUCUCUCGGCCAUAAACCACACGCUUCUUCAUAAAAGAAUUGCUUCAAAUAUAGCCAUGCAUCCUAGAAGUUUGUUAGUCGACAAUAGUUCAAAUGUAAGCCAUGCAACUAAUCAGGCUCGUUGUGUGGCAAGAUCCAGAACACUCAAUGCUUCAUGGGAUCAAAUUUCAAAUUCUGCCACUUUGCGUGAGAAUCAGGCUAAUAUCAAUCUUGAGCUCGAAAAAUUGAGAAGUGAACUCACACAUAUUCGAGGAAUGUAUGCAGUGGCCCAAGGCGAGGCAAUUGAAGCCUCUAGGAAGCUUAGCGAACUCGAGAAGCGUCGUGUGGAGGAGGAAAAUAAUCUCAAUGAGAUAAGCUUAAAGGAGGAAGAAGCGAAAGAGCUGGCUAGACAGGAGAAAAGGAGAUACGAAGAUGCUAAAAAGGAAGCUGAAUUCAUCAAGGAAUGUGCCAAAAGGGAAGCUGCGGAAAGAAAAGAAGCCGAGAUGAGAGCGUCCCGUAAGACCAAUGAGAAAGAAAAACUCGAGAGUGCCUUGAAUGGAAGUUUCAAUCAGUACCGUCCAUUUACAUGGGAAGAAAUUGUGUCCGCCACAUCAUCCUUUUCUGAUAGUCUCAAAAUUGGGAUGGGAGCUUAUGGGACUGUGUACAAAUGCAGCUUUCAGCAUACGAUAGCUGCUGCAAAAAUUCUGCAUGCCAAGGAAGCUAGCAGGAACAAACAGUUUCGGCAGGAGCUGGAGAUCUUGAGCAAGAUCCGCCACCCGCACCUUCUAAUCCUCCUAGGCGCCUGCCCUGAACACAGCUGCCUCGUGUACGAGUUCAUGGAAAACGGCAGCCUCGAGGACAGAAUCUUCAGGAAGAAUGCCACUCCUCCCCUCCCGUGGCCCGACCGCUUUCGAAUUGCCCACGAGGUGGCCUCCGCACUUGUCUUCUUACACGAGGCCAAGCCUAAAUCCAUAAUCCACCGAGACCUCAAGCCCGCGAAUAUCUUACUCGACCGAAACCUCGUCAGCAAAAUCGGGGACGUGGGCCUCUCGACAAUGGUCAGCUGCGACCCACUCUCACUUCCCGCCACGUACAGCGACAAUGGGCUCGUCGGCACAUUGUGCUAUAUCGACCCUGAGUACCAGAGAACAGGCGUAGUUUCGCCAAAAUCCGAUGUGUAUGCGUUUGGGAUGGUUGUUUUGCAGCUGCUGACCGGAAAACCGGCGAUUGCCCUGACCCACGCAGUGGAGAGUGCGGCUGAGGAGGGCCGUCUGGUGGAAGUGCUCGACCAGGAAGGCGGCCAGUGGCCGGAGGAGGAGACGAGAGAGUUGGCGAUGUUGGGGUUGAAGUGCACGGAGAUGAGGCAGAGGGAUCGGCCGGAUUUAAGGGAAGAGGUUUUACCGGUUUUGGAGAGGUUGAGAGAGUUUGCAGAGAAGGCUCGGAAUUUGGGGUCGGUUUUUCAGCCGCCUCCUAAACACUUCAUAUGUCCGAUUGUCAAGGAGGUAAUGGCUGACCCGUGUGUCGCUGGGGAUGGGUAUACUUACGAUCGCCGGGCGAUAGAGACAUGGCUCGAGGAGAAAGAUGCAUCGCCCGUGACUGGAUUACCAUUGCCGCACAAAUACCUUACGCCGAAUUACACACUUCUAUCUGCCAUUAUAGAGUGGAAAUCUGGAAAACAAACAUGA